UUCUUACUUCUUUUAUAAUAGCAAGACCAUCAUUAAUCCAAUAGUAUAAUGUCUGAUUUCCAACCAGUUGUUGUCAUUGACGGUAAAGGCCAUUUAUUAGGUCGUUUAGCCUCCAUCAUCUCCAAACAAAUCUUAAAUGGUCAAAAAGUUGUUGUUGUUAGAUGUGAAGCUUUAAACAUUUCUGGUGAAUUUUUCAGAAACAAAUUGAAAUACCAUGAUUACUUAAGAAAAGCUUCUAGAUACAAUAAAACCAAAGGUCCAUUCCAUUUCAGAGCCCCAUCUAGAAUCUUAUAUAAAGCCAUCAGAGGUAUGAUUCCUCACAAGACCGCUAGAGGUAAAGCUGCUUUAGAAAGAUUGAAGGUUUUCGACGGUAUUCCAUCUCCAUAUGAUAAAAAGAAGAGAGUUGUUGUUCCUCAAGCUUUAAGAGUUUUAAGAUUAAAACCAGGUAGAAAAUACACCACUGUUGGUAAAUUAUCUACCUCCGUUGGUUGGAAAUACGAAUCUAUUGUUGAUAAAUUAGAAGAAAAGAGAAAAUUACAAUCUGCUGAAUACUACGCUAAAAAGAAGGCUCUUAACAAAAAAUUAGCUGUUGCUCAAGCUGCUAACGCUGAAACUGAAACUUCUCAAAAAUUAGCUGCUUUAGGUUAUUAAGUAACUUAAUUUUUUUGUCUUGUGUUUAAUUAUAAAAAAAAUAUACAUUGAUAAUAUAGUUUAAUAUCUGCUUUGUAUCUAUAGUAAAUAAUUUAUAAAUGAAUGAUGACUUAAAUCAAUAACUAUUGAAUUUUGUUUGGUUUUCAUUUUCAAUAAUUUAAAUAAUUUCACAAUUUUUAAAUUUAAUUCAUUAUAUUCGUUAAAACUAUUAUUAAUAAUUAAUUGUAAGUUUUCAAUAAUU